GUUCCCCUUUCCUAACUUAUAACAUGAAUAGUUUUUCAUUAUCAUUUACUGAAACAGCCAGGGUAAGUGCAUCUGGCUACAUGGAUAAUGGAUCCAGCCCAAUAUUACAUGAUGUUAUAUGGUCACCUGUGAAUACAUUUAUUGGACCUAGUCAAAGUUCUAGUGCUCCGAUCAACUUGCCCUCUCCUGCAAGAGUGGCAUCCGUUAACAACCAAUUUAAUCUCCAGGAGCCAAACCACACUCUUGAUGAAAUGAAGUUCCGGAACCAGUGCAUUACAAGUUUCCAUCCCCAUUCCUCUCCCGAGUAUCAUGAUAAUUUAGCCAAAAGCCUUCCAUCUAACUCCUCAAGCACCAUUCCAGACAUGGUUAGCAGUUUUGUUUCCCAAAUGACUGAUGGACUUGAUAAUAGGAGCAUUCAUGGAGUGAGUACAAAUGGGCACCUGAUAGAACCUAAUGGAGGGGUUUUUGGAUCAUAUGGUAAUGGAAGCUGUUUGCUUCAUGGAAAUCAUUAUGCAUGGAACAACUCCAACUCACAUCAGCAGCACCCCUCAAGUGCCAGGAUUUGGCCCAAUUCUCCCUCUUUUGUCAGUGUUGUUCAGCAUAUGCCUGCAUUUCCUAGGGUACCUCCUGUUAUGCUGAAUGCAGUAUCACCUGUACACCAUCACAUUGGGUCAGCACCACCAGUUAAUUCACCAUUAUGGACAGGCGACAUGCCUAUGCUGGGAAAUCUCCUGACACCUCCAGUUUUCACUUAGGAUCUCUAGGGAAUGUUGGAUUUCCUGGUAGUUCUCCAUCACACCUUGUGGAAAUCGCUUCUCACAACAUUUUCUCACAUGCUGGUGGAAACAAUGGUGUGGUACAC